AAUUUACACCUUCUCAUUUCCCAUUUCCACAAACACCCUCCUCAAGGUUCAAAAGUAAAUUGUCGUAAGAAGACGAAGACAGCAUGGAAGAUAUUUGAAGAGAAAGAAACGAAACAAAACAUUCCGAUUAGCGGCAAAUAACAAACCCCAAACAAACUCUAACCAUGAAAUCUCAUCUUUUUAACAUCAUUUUUCAUCGAAAUCUACGUUCUGUAACUAAUUUUCCCACUUUACAGCAUCAUUCUUCAUCUGCUCAACUGAAUUUUCUGCUUAAACCGCCAUAGCCAAAAACUUCAACCUCACAUUAUCGCUCUAAUGUCUUCACUAUAUAACCCCAUUGCUCUUGCUUCUAGUUUCCAUCACCAUUAUCCUAAUCUUCGUUUUCUACCCUUUAAUUUCAAUUUUAUUACCAAAUUACCCGUUUCUAAUUCCUUUGCUAUUGGGUCUAGUUCUAGAAGCUUCCAUUCAUCGCCAUUGAAGAAGGAUUCUUCUUGCUUUUGUUGUUCCAUGGCUGUCGAAGUUGGUUCUGCUUCUUCUGUUUCUCAGAGUGAAUUGCAAGGAAGUUUGAAUAGUUGUAGAGCGUAUUGGCCUAGCAAGUAUACAUUUGCCUGGAAUGUUGAUAUUGGUAAUGGUUCAUAUUACUUAUUUGCAAGUAAAACUGCUGCCCUAAAGUUUACAGAUGCUGGGAUAGAAGGAUACGACGUGAAAAUCAAGCUUGACAAGGACCAAGGGGGAUUGCCAGCAAAUGUCACUGAAAAAUUUCCUCAUAUUAGAGGUUACUCGGCCUUUAAAGCUCCAGCCACACUGGAUGUUGAUAGUCUGCUGAAGUGUCAACUUGCAGUUGCUGCUUUCAGUGCUGACGGGGCUUGCAGAAAUGCUACUGGUUUGCAGUUGCCUGGCGUUAUUGAUGAGUUGUAUUCAUAUGAUGGCCCUCUGGGUGCUGUUUUCUCAGAAAACACCAUAUCACUGUACCUAUGGGCUCCUACUGCUCAAGCUGUUUCUGCCAGCAUAUUUAAGGAUCCAUCAGGUGGUGAACCAUUACAAACCGUCCAGCUUAUAGAGUCAAAUGGUGUUUGGAGCGCUGUGGGGCCAAGAACCUGGGAGGGGUGUUAUUAUGUUUAUGAAAUCACUGUCUAUCACCAUAGCACCUUGAGAAUUGAAAAAAGCUUUGCUAUUGAUCCAUAUGCCAGAGGGAUUUCAGCUGAUGUAAAGCGAACAUUAUUGGCUGACUUAAGCUCUGAAACUCUAAAGCCUGAAGGAUGGGAAAAUCUUGCUGAUGAAAAACCUCAUCUUCUUUCUCCAUCUGACAUCAGUCUCUAUGAGCUGCAUAUAAGAGAUUUCAGUGCUUAUGACCUCACUGUGCACCCUGACCUUCGUGGUGGAUAUCUUGCUUUCACUUCACAGGACUCAGCUGGUGUUAAUCAUUUGGAAAAGUUAUCUGCUGCUGGUCUUACUCACGUUCAUCUGCUGCCAAGCUUCCAGUUUGCUGAAGUUGAUGAUGACAAAAAGAAGUGGAAAUUUGUUGAUACUAAGAGGUUUGAAACACUACCACCUGAUUCAGAAGAGCAACAAGCUCAAAUAACUGCCAUCCGAGAUGAAGAUGGAUAUAACUGGGGGUAUAAUCCUGUUUUGUGGGGAACUCCUAAGGGAAGCUAUGCAACAGAUCCAAAUGGUCCAUGCCGUAUAAUUGAGUUCAGAAAGAUGGUCCAGGCGCUAAAUCGUAUUGGUCUUCGCGUAGUUUUGGAUGUUGUUUAUAACCAUUUAAAUAGCAGUGGGCCCUCCGAUGAUAAUUCUGUCCUGGACAAGAUUGUUCCAGGUUACUACUUAAGAAGAGAUAAUGAUGGUGCUAUUGAAAAUAGCACAUGUGUGAAUGACACAGCUAGCGAGCAUUUUAUGGUUGAACGCCUGAUUUUGGAUGAUCUAAAACAUUGGGCGGUGAAUUAUAAGGUUGAUGGUUUCAGAUUUGAUCUUAUGGGCCACAUAAUGAAACAUACGAUGGUGAAAGCGACAAAUAUGCUCCAAGGCCUGUCAAAAAACAUAGAUGGUGUAGAGGGUUCAAGCAUUUAUUUAUAUGGUGAAGGAUGGGACUUUGGCGAGGUGGCAAAUAAUGCACGUGGAGUAAAUGCAUCUCAACUGAAUCUUGGAGGAACAGGAAUUGGAAGUUUUAAUGAUCGGAUUCGAGAUGCAGUGCUUGGUGGGGGGCCUUUUGGUCCCCCUCUUCAGCAAGGUUACGUGACUGGUUUAUCUUUACAGCCUAAUGAUCAUGACCAUAGCGGUAAAGCCAAUGCAGACCGUAUGCUUGCUGUGGCAAAAGAUCAUAUCCAGGUUGGGAUGGCUGGAAACUUGAGAGACUACAUUCUGACAAACUGUGAUGGAAAACAGGUAAAAGGCUCAGAAGUUUAUACCUAUGGGGGAACGCCGGUUGGGUAUGCUAUGCAGCCGAUAGAAACUAUCAACUAUGUCUCAGCUCAUGACAACGAAACUCUUUUCGAUAUUGUCAGUUUGAAGACUCCUACCUACAUUACGGUGGAUGAGAGAUGUAGGGUAAAUCAUUUAGCUACGAGUAUUCUAGCACUUUCCCAGGGAAUACCCUUUUUCCAUGCUGGUGAUGAGUUGCUACGUUCAAAGUCCCUUGACCGUGAUUCUUAUAACUCUGGUGAUUGGUUUAACAGAUUAGACUUCAGCUAUAACUCCAACAAUUGGGGUGUUGGUCUCCCUCCCAAGGAUCACAAUGAGAGCAAUUGGCCAUUAAUCAAGAAAAGAUUGGCAAACCCGUCCUACAAGCCUGACAAGAAUCACAUUAUUGCUGCUGUUGAAAAUUUCACCAAUUUGUUGCAAAUUAGAUACUCUUCUCCACUAUUCCGUUUAAGAAGUGCAAAGGAUAUUGAGGAUCGAGUACGAUUCCACAAUAAUGUUCCAUCUUGGAUUCCUGGGCUUAUAGCUAUGAGCAUUGAAGAUGGUCAUGCGGGAGCCCCUGGCUUGUCACAGAUAGAUCCCAAGUUCCAGUACAUUGUUGUAAUAAUCAAUGUUCAGCCUACUGAAACCAAAUUUGUUAACCCAGAUCUGCGAGCUAAAUCCCUACAGCUGCAUCCAGUACAGUCAACAUCAGGGGACACGGUUGUUAAGGAAUCAAAGUAUGAGCCUUCUACUGGAUGCUUUACUAUACCUCCUAAAUCAACUGCAGUGUUCGUUGAGCCACGGCAUGUUUAAGCUGAAGUUGAAGGGUCUGUCCAAGACGGCGACCGCAUGUGGUUGUCAGUAAGUGGAGUUACUUUCUGCAUAUUACACGGUUCAAUACAAAUAAAUAACGUCUGCUACCGCAGCGAGCUGAGGUCUCACAGAAUAAGUUACAAAAAAGUUAGCAGUUAUAUUUCAUAAGUUCAUAGUUCAGCUGAAUAAGAACCACCAAAAUCUUACGUUGUACUUGUAGCAGUGCUUUUGUCACGCAUAAAUAAUCAGUUGCUUGUUAACCAUACAUCCGAUAUGAAUGAAUAAUUUUUUUUUUUUUGUUGCUGUUUCUACACUUUUGCCAAUAAAAGCUCGUGCCUUGACUU